AUGGUCGAGAAACUACGGACGGUUGGUGUGGAUGGUGCACUUUUGACUCUCCUCAUGGGUUAUCACAGUGGAUGCUACUUACAGGAAGUCGACAAUGCAUACAAUCUGAUCGGUAACCAGGAGCUACUGAUGGACUCCUUGCUGGCUAAGCACAUGGGGAGCUCUAAAGUUAUGGCCAGCCCCAACCGAGCUUGCAAAUCAAACAUUAACAAGUUACGUAAUAUUGCCGUUUGUGGCAACAGUUGGGAAGUUCAGCUUAUCAGUUCAGUUUAUCGAUAUAUAAUGAGAGUAAUGGAGAGAACGGGUAAUAGAGGAGAUUCAGAGAUACACUCAUUCCACGACAUAAUCUUAUCUGCGUGGGAUUUGAUAGCCACAUCGGACGCUGUGACUCGAGCGCUGCACAGGCCUGUCUCUGGACGCACUUCCGACGGCAGCGUAACAGCACAGGGGCCAGCAGGGAAGCCACGAAGGAGAUUCAGAGAUACACUCAUUCCACGACAUAAUCUUAUCUGCGUGGGAUUUGAUAGCCACAUCGGACGCUGUGACUCGAGCGCUGCACAGGCCUGUCUCUGGACGCACUUCCGACGGCAGCGUAACAGCACAGGGGCCAGCAGGGAAGCCACGAAGAUCCGGAGAGAGACCACCAUGUCUGACAUACUGAAGAAUUUCAUGGGCCAGUGGACCCUCAAUGAUAUGGGGGCGCUGAAUACUGCCUUCGAGGGAGACUUCCGAGAGAGGGACAUGUUCAACCACAUGUGGCGCAUGCCGGCGGCCCACGAAUACCUAUCGCCGCCCUUGGUCGUGCCCGUGAAGUCCGAGGUCGAGGCCGACAGGCUUCGCAAUGAGGGGAACGUAAACUUCGUGAAGAAAAGGCUCGAAUACUCAAUGCAACUCUUCAAUGAAAGUAUUUGCGCGGCUCCUCAUCCGCCUUUGCGCAAGGAAGAUGGAUUUUGCGAAGUCGCCAAGGAAGGAGAAAUCCCCGUGAUCCAGUCUUUGAUGAAGGACGAGCAAACUCCAGAACAAACAGAGCCCGUGGAAAUAGAACCCACUGUCCUGCCGGCGACAGACAAGAGCGAUCCCGGCCAAUCUCCACUGGCUGAGGAGCAAGACAUUCCGAGAGAACAACAAAAGGAACGGCCCAAGGAAGGGGCAUCCGAUAACACAGAGAAUCCAAAAAGCCAAGCAACAGAGCCAUACUUGGCUUUAGCACGAGGCUAUGGAAACAGGUCGGCCGUUUUCUUUCACUUGGGGCGCUACCACGAGAGUGUGAGGGACAUGGAGAGGGCCCUCAGAUACAGCCAAGAGGAAUCCUUCAAGAAAAAGCUGUUGGCGAGGAAAGCUCAGUGUCUGGAAGCCAUCCAGGAGGGGGCAAUAAGGGAAGUCGUCAAGAAACCUUCCAUACCUCCGAAGUUAGAGAGCCAUAACCCCGCCCAUCCCUCCUUGAGCAAAUGCGUUCGGGUGGAGGAUUCGUCUGCCAAGGGACGCCAUCUUGUGGCUGAGCGCGACAUUCGUCCUGGUGAGCUCCUGAUGGUGGAGGAGGGACACUGGGACACUCUCUCGGCUGACUACCGCUCUACCCACUGCGCCUUCUGCUUCUCCUUCUGCCUCGCCCCCGUCCCCUGUCCCUCCUGCCGGCUGGUGAUCUUCUGCGGCGAGGACUGCCGCGCGCGCGCCCUGGCGGAGUUCCACGCGCGCGAGUGCCCUUUGCUGCCCAGCCUCAUGGCCCUGGAGCUCGACCCGCCGGUCCUUCUAGCGGUUAGGAUCGUGCUGAAGGCGUCCUACGCCACGCUCAAGGAGGUCAUGCCGCGGCUGCUAAGAGAAAUGGACGAAGGAAAACGGGGAGGAGGAGGAGGAGGCGAACAGGGAGUGUUCGAUCCCUCGGACUUCCGGAACCUCAUCCUGUGCGACUCGAGGAAGUUGAAGCCGAAGCCAGAGCACUAUCUCGCGUACUGCACGUUAUCUCUGGUGUUGACUAAGCUCCUGGAGGAGAGCGGGAGGUUCUUCGUGGACCGAGACGACCAGGCCCUACAGCCUUCCCAGGACGACCUGCGGAUGACCGGCAUGACCAUCUUCCUUGUCACGAUGACUGUCUUCACGCUCUCGAACUCCAUCCCUUAUCUGGAAAAGCUGCACGGCGGGGCGAUGCUCGGCAAGAGGUUCUCCAGCGGCAUCUGGCCGACCGUGUGCCUCGCCCAGAAGUCCUGCUGCCCGUCUGCUACGCUCUACAUGUGCGGCUCGGCCAUGGUGAUGCGCUCGAUCGGGCCCAUCCCCGCUGGCCGCAGUAUAACCACUCUCGGCACACUUCACUUCUCGAAGAGUCCGCCGGCGGUGAGGAGGGAGGUGAACGCAGGAGCCGGCAUCCAGUGCAGCUGCGUGGCGUGCCUGGAGGAUUGGCCGAUCUACCAGGAGCUCCAGACCGAGACUCGCCUCAAGUGCCCCAAGUGCUCCCACCCCCUGACUCGCAGUGCCGAGGGGCGGGUCCAGUGCCUCCACCACGAGGUCAGCCCCGCGUCCCGAGGCGCUGAGGCUCAGAGCUCCUGUUGGGCGGCGGCGACUCGGCGCGUGAGCAGGUUCCUCGGCAGGCAACAGAAGGCCGAAGUGGGCGAAGACAUGGACGGAAUGAAAGACCUGUACGCCACGAUCGAUAGGUUUGUGCAGAGAAGGAGUUUCUUGAAGAUCGGCGAAGAAACAGACGAGGAGAGAGAGUUAAUAAUUGAGGUCACGGAGAUCCUGGACAAGCAUGGAGUCCUGCCGUGCAAGUUGCACUGUGACAUCCAGGAUAUUUUAACCGGGUGUUUUGCAAUUCGGGAUCGCAGCAUCACCAGUUAGCUCUCGCCACUUACCUGUAGGUUAUUUUGUGCAUGAGUGUGUGUGUGAAUAUACAUAUAAAUAUAUAUAUAUAUAUAUAUAUAUAUAUAUAUAUAUAUAUAUAUAUAUAUAUAUAUAUAUAUAUAUAUAUUUAUUUAUUUAUUUAUCUAUUUGUGUGCACAAAGACACAC